AUGAAGUCACUUCGCGUGUUAUGGCUAACCGGAAAUCCUGUAGUUUCAGUACUGAAAAAUUACAGAAAAACGUUAAUAUUGAAAUGCGCCGAACUAAGAAAUUUGGACAACAGACCGAUAACAAGUAGAGAUCGUGCGUGUACAGAAGCAUGGAUGACGGGUGGCGUUGAAGCUGAACAAGCAGUGAGAAUACGUUUAAUAAACGAAGAACGUCAAAAGAUGACAGAUUCCGUCAAUAUUUUGUUAAAAUUACGCAAUGACGGUAUAACUAAACAAUUAGAAAGUCAACUGGCGUCAAACUUAAAUAAUCGUUUCGACAUCGAAACUACUGCACAGAAAAUCGAGAAACCCAAAUUCGUCGCUUCUGUUGAUAAAUACUUUACUGAACCAAAUGAUACCGAUUUGGUUGCAGAGGUUUUAACAUCUGAUAAUAACAAUAGCGAAACUGAAAGUGAAGCCGUUGACGACUUAUGUUGUCACAGCAUGGAGACUCCUAAUGUUCCUACGACAGAUUUACCUAUUUCCACUUGUGAUACAAGCGAAAUUACAUUCCAUAGCGAGGGAAAUUACGCGGUGUUGAACAACGACGAACAACCAAAAAUGAAUCAUCUAAAGCAGUGUAGCAGUGUCAAUUUAGAAUACGAUAUUAAUGCAAGCGGGGAUGAUCGUUUUAUGGAAGUUGGGAAUAUCGAUACAGAAUUUGCUAAUUUCGGAAAUAUUAUUGAUUCCGAUAAUAACGCGAUGGGCGAUGAUUGCAAACCUCAAACAGCUGAGUUCGAUGUCUCCGAAAAUUUGUCUUGUGAAAGACAUGAAGAGCAUGAUUCAGUCAAAGAUAUUGUCGUCUACUAUGAUUUAGAAGAAGAUAACGACGAAGUUGAUAUUUUGGUCGAAAGUACCCACCUAAGUUCGAGCGACGAUGAUAUAUUUUUCGAUGUUGAUCUUAGUCUGUCGUCCGGUAUAUCACAAGACCAUAAUGAGCGUUGGAAUUGCGAAAAAAAUGAUACUCUCGGAGAAUCUACUUUACCUUGUCACAUUGAAGAAUAUUUUGGAAUGGGAACAUGUUCCAAAGAUAAUUUCGAUUCUUCGACGAAUAUAAUUCCUGACAUUUACGAAAACGGCGUUAAAACUAUUUAUGAACAAGACACUAGAAUAGACGUAAAGUGUGAAUCCGUUCCACAAAAUGAAAACGUCGAACAUCAAUCUGAAACCGAAGUAUCUGCUUCAAGUUUAAACAUCAGUUUUAUUACUCACAAUAGAGCGUUCAUGUUGAGUCGUCUGGUCGUGUCAAAGAGCGUUGAAGAUCAAGAAGCGUUGGAAUUUCUUCAAUUGGUCUUCGGUGUGAUGCUGGAAAUGAUCAGUCCCGCCUUUUGA